CAACCUCCAAAUCCAAGGACAUGAAGAAAAAUAUAUCAAAAACCGUGCACCCGACAAAACCAUCCUAAUCUUCCCCUACAAAUCAACCCCCCCAUUCCCUUGCCCAUCUCCAAACCAACAACCAUGCGUCCCCUCACCCUCCUCCCAUUAUUCCUACCCUCCACAUCCUUCGCAAUCAACAUCCUCCAAUCCAACGACGACGGCUGGGCCGAAAUCAACAUCCGGGAACUCUACAACUCCCUCACAACCUGCGGCGCCAACUUCUCCUCAAUAAUCUCCGCGCCCGCAGAAAACGAAUCCGGGACAGGUUCUGCCGACACGCCACCGACACAAGUCGGAGACAAAGGUUGUGAAUUUCAGUCAUGUCCUCCGAACUCCCCGCCCACAGGAAAAAAUGAGAGUGAGCCGAGAUGGAAUUACGUAAACUCCUACCCCGUCCCCUCAAUCCGCCACGGAAUCCAAACCCUCUCUCCAAAAUUCUUUGGCGGCCCACCCGAUCUCGCCGUCACAGGUUUCAACGUCGGCACGAAUUUGGGAAUCGUGACGGCGAUUUCCGGAACUGUGGGGGCCGCAGUCGAAGCGGCGAAAUUCGGGAUUCCGGCUAUAGCUUUCUCGGGAUCGACGGGGUCGCAGACCGCUUGGAAUUCCCCGGUGGAAGAGUAUGUGAAGAUUUAUGCGGAAUUGAGUACGAAUGUUACGAAGACGUUGACGGAGAGGGAGAGGCCUUGGAUGGCGAGGGAUACGUGGUUGAAUGUGAAUUUUCCGGCUGUUAGUGAGACGUGUAAAUCUGCUUCGGAUUUCAAGUUCGUGUUGAGCAGGAUUUAUCCUAAGGUUCCGAUUGUGGGAGCACCGGAUGUGGAGACUUGUGGGAGUGAUGAGCUGCCUACGGAGAGGACGGUCGUGGGGACUAAGGGCUGUUAUGCGAGUAUUAGUGUGGGAGAUUUGAGCAAGACUGAUGCUAGCGCUGAAGAUCAGGCUGUUGUAUUGGAGAAGCUGAAGCCUAUCCUGUCUUGUCUGCCGAGUGAGAUUUAGAUCGGAAGUAGUUGAAUUAAAUGCUGUAUUGCG